AGUCCUAGUAUAACUUUAAUUUCUGUCGUUCUCUCGCUCAUUCUGCAAAAAAAUUUCUUCUUCCAUGUGGCUCUAAGUCUGCACUGCAGCUUCCCGGCUGCUUCGUCUCUUUCUCUCUCUAUCUGCUAAUGUUUUCCUUUUCUUCCAUUCUCUCUCUGCGUCUCAUGGGAUCGCUUCUCAAUUUUACUACAGAAUCAAGAAAUAUGAUGUUAAGUUUGGCAUAGAGAUCAAACAUAAAGGAUAAGAGAUGGUGGCGGAUUCAUGGUUUCGAAGUCUGUGGAAGACUCCAAAAAGGCAUGAGGCUACUUCUGGGAAAGCAGUGAUUGGAGUUUUGGCAUUUGAAGUUGCAAGCCUGAUGUCUAAGCUGGUCUAUUUAUGUCACACUUUGAGUGAUAAGCAGGUUAACAGGUUGCGCGAAGAGAUCACACGUUCAAUGGGUAUAAAGAAGCUUGUGUCAGAGGACGAUACCUAUAUUGCGAAAUUAAUAUGCGAUGAGAUGAUUGAGAAUGUUAUACAUGUGGCAAAAUCUGUGGCAAGACUUGGGAAAAAAUGCAGUGAUCCUAGUUUGAAGAACUUUGAGAAAGCUUUUUGUGAUUUCAUCGACACCGAUAUUGAUACAUAUGGGUGGCAAUUUACAUGGAAGAAAAUGGAAAAGAAAGCUAAGAAGAUGGAAAGAUUUAUCUCAGUCAAUUCAAAUUUGUAUCAAGAGAUGGAAGUGCUUACAGAUCUUGAGCAGACAUUGAGGAGAAUGAAGGGUAAUGAUGACUCAGGUGGUGUCAAUGUACUCGAGUUUCAGAAGAAGGUUACAGGGAAGCAGCAGGACGUUAAGUAUCUUAAAAGUAUCUCUCUAUGGAACAGGACUUAUGAUUACACAGUUCUGCUCUUGGCAAGAUCUUUAUUUACGAUAUUCAGGAGGGUUCCACAUGUGUUUGGAAUGCAACAAAUAAUGAAUGUUGGUGAAACUGAAGCUUCUGGGUUUAUAAAUUCUGAACAAAUUCAUCGCAGCCAGUCAGUUUCAGCAUUAUUGCAAACUUCCAUCCAUCCAUCUAAUAAUGGUCUUCCUAGAUUUGCCUCUGGCCCUCUUGAUAUGUUUGCAGCUAAAUCAGGCCCAAUUUCAAAACCAAAUAAAACCAACAAUUUCUAUUCAGGCCCUCUUGUGGGUAGUGCCUCAGCUACAGAAUCAACCAAUGCUUCUGAGAAAUAUAGAAAUAUGUUUUAUUCAGGUCCUCUUGGGAAGUCAACAAAAUCAGGUCCAUUUUCCAGAAUGAGAAAAACCAGCAAGAAGAUAUGGGGGACUCAUAACCAUGCAAAUGCCAAUGAGAAGAAGUCGCAAAUGAAAUCUAAUCGAUUGACUCAAGUAGGACCUUUCAAGGGAUGCAUGAUGGCUGGAAGUGGUUCCCCUGUCACCAAUUGCCACUUGAGUUCAAAUAGUAUUCAUUCUAGACUUCUUAAUGGAGCCAGUGGUGCCAAUACAAACCAUCCUGCUCCUGGCAUUACAAUGAAUACAAAUUCGACUAUUUUCAAGAGCAAGUUUUUGGAUCCUCCACCAGAUACUCUUGGUGCUGCUGCCUUGGCUUUGCACUAUGCAAAUGUUAUCAUUGUAAUUGAGAAGCUGGCAUCUUCUCCACACUUGAUUGGUCUUGAUGCAAGAGACGAUCUAUACAAUAUGUUGCCUGCGAGUGUGAGAAAUACUCUUAGGGCAAAGCUAAAGCCACACACCAAGAGUGUGGCUUAUGAUACAGAGCUUGCCAAAGAAUGGAAUGAUGCUAUGUCAGGAAUAUUAGAGUGGUUAGCACCACUUGCUCAUAAUAUGAUCAGAUGGCAAUCUGAGCGGAGUUAUGAGCAACAGAGCUUGGUUUCAAGAACAAAUGUGCUUCUGGUACAAACCCUUUACUUUGCAAAUCAGGAGAAGACAGAAGAAACAAUUAUUGAACUUCUUGUUGGUCUUAAUUACAUUUGGAGGCUUGGUAGAGAAUUCAAUGCAAAUGCUCUACUAGAGUGUGCUAGCAGUAGAAUAUACGAUGAGUAUUUGGAUCUGGAUGGAUGAAAUUGUUUUCAUCUCGUGGAAAUUACAAAACAAUCGUGAUUUUAUAACUAGCUAAAGGUGUUUGGCAAAGGCCCUUAACCUUGCUAGUUCAUAAGGCUUCUCAAUCUUUCCUGGCAGACGUUGAUCAUUGCUUUGGUGGAGAAGAGAGAAAACCACCUAUACCAUUGAGAUUUCGAUGCCCGGUAUGCAUUCUUGGUGAGUUAAAAGGUAUAGAUUUUAGAUUCCAAUUUUUUUUUUUUUUUUGGGUUGUUCUUUAGGUGAGGAAUCCUAGCCAUCACAACAAAUUGGCCUCGCUUUCACUUCCUCAUAAAGCACAGUCUGCCAUUUAUAAUUUAAGUUGAUGCACUCUUGAGAGUUGUAUAUUUAUUAUCUACUUUCUUCUGUAAUAGUUGUAAAUUUCCCAUAUAGAAGAUUUUCUUAAUAGGUAGGUGUUAUUUAAUGAUCAAGCAUGUUUCUUAUGAGUGGCUAUCUGUAAUCUUGGUAAUCUUUAUGCCACUCUGAGACUGAAUGAUAUGUUGGUUAUAUCAGCAUUCAAGUUUUGAAUGUAUGGUUUAGAAUCAUCUGGUUAAGUGUCUGAAUAUUGAAUCUA